AUGACGAACAAAUACGGACACUUCAGCGAGGAGUACAUAACACUAGGAGAUGAGAAUCACCAGAAGCACGAGCCAGAUCCACGCAUCUCAGGCAAGAACUUCUCCACCACAAUCACAAGGUCGGGCAAGCUUGCAGAUGCGACCUUCGACAAAAUCAAACCGCUCUGUGAGACGGUCCCAUACGAAGACCUGUCCAAGAGCCGACGAGAGCGGCUUGCUGCGUCGCAAAAGCUGAACCUCAGCGAGAAGCCGUUCAAGCGGAAUAGCGGGCGCAAAACCGGGGUGGGGACAAGUUCCUGGGAUGGAUGCUUCGGACCAAAGUUGGCGUACGAACCAGAACAGCCGACGGUGAAGAAGGGAGCGGGCGCCGUCAAGACGGCCCCCCGGAACUUCUUCACGUCACCGCCCAAGAAGGGAACGUUCGGUUGCAUCGGCGUGACUCUGAGCGAGCGUGCCAAAGUGGGGGGGGUGGUCGGGGAAUAUGCUUAUGUACCGAACGAAUAUGUCGAUAGGGGGUCAUUGAAAAAGAAGCCCGGCGAAGCGGAAGCACCGGAUCUGAAGCCCUUCUACCCGGCCAGGGUGGGCAAGUGGAAGGGUGCCGCGUACCCGAAGUCGGUUAUGGGCAACGAAUACGAACACAUAGAGCUCGGUCCGGCCCCAGUGACGAAAGCAGAGACCGGCCUCGCACCGUUCAAGCCGGCGAAGUCGUCAAAGGACCCGCUGGGAAAGUAUCCGGAAUACCUUCCCGACCCCGAAACCGAAAAGUGGAACAAGCAGCGCGAAGAAAGGCUGAAGAGUAAGGAACUGAUGACGAAGCCGUUCAUCCCAAGCCGGGGUCCGAAAACGAAGGCAACUGCCUCCAUUCUGCGGAUGAAUGUUGUAGGGUAG